ACUAGUUUAAUAAAACUAGUAAUAACACUUUUUCUUAUUAAUAUAUUAUAUUUUUUUCUCUUUUAUAUUAAAAAAUAAAAUAAAAAUUAAAAAAAAGGAAGAGAUGGGUUACAUUUUUCUUACCAUGAUUGCCUUUCUUGUUAUUUUCGCCUUACCGGCGGUUGUAGCCGACGAUAUAACUCCGAUUCCAGAAGACAAAGCCCAAGUCGAGGCAUGGUUCAAGGCCAACGUUCAACCCUAUUCAGCAAGACGAGGCACACUCGACCCCGUCCUGGAUGCAGCUGAAGCAUCACCACAGAUCAUCAACGUGAAUCAAGAAGGAGGUGGCGAUUUUAAGACAAUUAAUGAAGCGAUCAAGAGCAUUCCGAUAGGGAACACAAAGCGGGUUAUCAUCAAGUUGGCUCCUGGUGUAUACCAUGAGAAAGUCACAGUCGACGUAGGUCGACCAUUCGUUACAUUGAUGGGUAAACCUGGUGCAGAAACGAACUUGACCUUCGACGGGACGGCCUCUAAAUUCGGAACCAUGGAGAGUGCGACACUUAUCAUCUGGGCCAAAUAUUUUGUGGCAGCCAACUUACACGUUAAAAAUACUGCUCCAAUGCCGAAAGCAGGAACACAAGGACAAGCGCUCGCUAUGAGGAUUAACGGCGAUAAAGCGGCUUUCUACAACUGCAGAUUCUAUGGUUUUCAAGACACUCUUUGUGAUGAUAUAGGCAACCAUUUCUUCAAGGACUGUUACAUCGAGGGAACCUAUGAUUUUAUCUUCGGAAGAGGAGCUUCCUUGUACUUGAACACGCAAUUGCACGCUGUUGGAGAUGGAUUAAGAGUGAUCACAGCACACAAUCGACAGAGUGAAAACCAGCAGAAUGGCUAUUCAUUCGUGCAUUGCAAGAUUACUGGAGUUGGAACGGGGAUCUAUUUGGGUAGGGCAUGGAUGAGCCACCCUAAGGUCGUGUAUGCCUACACUGAGAUGUCCAGUGUCGUCAACCCAACCGGAUGGCAAGAGAACAGGAACCGCGAGAAUGACAAGACGGUGUUCUAUGGAGAAUACAUGUGCACGGGACCAGGAUCACACAAAGAGAAAAGAGUGGCCCACACACAAGACAUCGACAAAAACGAAGCUAACGGUUUCCUUACCCUCGGCUACAUCAAAGGCUCCUUGUGGCUCCUCCCUCCUCCCGCUUACUAAACCACACCCAUCUCAUAACUAUUAUUCUUUACUUUUUCGCUGAAAAUACAUGUGUAUAAAUGAAUGUCUUGCAUUAUUUCUUCUUGAAUUUGUUUUGAAAAGUCCUCUCUUUCUGUAUGUAAAGGAAGAGUAGAGACUUGUGUAAUUUUUGUUACAUCUAUACUAUACUAAAAGUUCUAAAACUAAA